CGGGAGAGAGCGCGAGCGCACACAGCUGAGCGUGUUUUACGCUUCACGCUGAGGCAAGUAUCCGUCAGUUGCUGCCGUUGAAUUCAGUUCGAGUUUAGCCUUCGAUGCGUUCAGACGUGUUCGGAAAAAACUGAAACGGAAAGCAAAAAGUAAACUCUGUCUACAAGAAAAAUAAAUCAAAUAUACAGUCUAUGUGUAUAUGUACGUUCGUCAAGUGCAAAGUGAUUGAACAAGCCAAAAAGUGACCACUUGUCACAAAUUCUGUGAACGCAAGAAAAUUUCUUGAAUUUUCAAGAAAUUGAAACUAAAGUGUGAAAAAUAUCAAAAAAUAUUUCAAAUAAAAUACAACGCUCGGAUUAUCUGCCGUCGCAUACUCUUUGGAUUAUUUCAAAUCAACAACAAGUCUCGUCUAACUGCCAGACAUUCUCUGUGGAUUACCUCACAAAAAAAAAAAUAAAAACAUAAACAAAUUCGAAAACAACAGCAACUACAACAACAUGGUUGUACUCGAAGGCGGCGGUGGUGUUGUUACCAUCGGCAAUAACCAAUAUUUGCAACCGGAUUACUUGGCGCCAUUGCCCACAACGAUGGAUGCCAAGAAGAGUCCAUUGGCACUUUUGGCCCAGACCUGUUCACAGAUUGGAGCCGAUUCGUCGGCAGUGAAGCCACUUCUGGGCAUGGAUAAGAACAAAAAGUCGGGCACGUGUUCAUCGUCGUCGACAUCGUCGAGUUCCUCGAGCAGCGCCGAGAUCUCAGCUGCCAAGUCGCCCCAUCAAGCCAAAUCUCCCAAGUCGAGCACGCCUAUAAUGACCACAACAACAUCAACAGCAGCAGCAGCAACAGCAACAACAACAACAAACACAGGCAGCGAGAUGAAAUUGGCCUUUAAGCCAUAUGAGACCAAUGUGCUCAGUCAACAGAACCAGAACAGUUUCAAGAGCAGCUCCAGCUACAGUCAAGAGGAACCACAACGUCCUAGCUCCAAGAAUUCCUCAACCCAGGAGCGUGUUCCUUCGCGCAGCAAGUCCAAUGCCACGCCCACCGAUGGGGGACACAUGAAGGCGGACGAUGGCAGCCGGAAGACAGUCUCCCCAGCGGGCUCAUCUCAACGAGGAGCGAGUCCCAUUGUCCGCUCCGGAAUGGAGGUGCUGAACAAUGCCAACGGUACCGCCCAGCAUCCCAAGGAGAUGAGCAGCAUGGCUGCGGCAGCGGCUGCGGCGGCAGCAGCUUAUAAGGCCGCCGGACCCUACGGACUGAAUCCCCUGUCGGCCCUGUGUUGUCCACCCGGCAUGGAACAGCACGCGAAUCCCGCAUUCCGUCCGCCUUUUGCCGGCGGCUUCUCGCAUCACCAUGCGGCCAUGUUGGCGGCCGCAGCGGCCAACGGCGGAUAUCCCGGAGCAGGAGCCGGUCCUGGGGCCGGACAGCCCAACCCGUACAUCAGUUAUCAGCGCAUCAAGACGCCAGCUGGCGGCGAGGCCAUCGUGCCCGUCUGCAAGGAUCCCUAUUGCCCCGGCUGCCCCUACUCCGCCCACACCCAGCAGAUGCUGAUGGGCGCCCCCUGCCCCGCCGGCUGCACCCAGUGCGAGCACCAGAAGUACGGCAUGGCCAUGGCCAGCGCCGGACUCCCCCCGGCCCAUCCCUACUCGCAGGCAGCGGCUGCCGCAGCCGCCAAUGCCGCCGCCGCCCGCUCCGCUCCCUACGUCUGCAGCUGGGUGGUGGGUGACGCCUAUUGUGGCAAGCGCUUCCAGACCUCCGACGAGCUCUUCACCCAUCUGCGCACGCACACCGGCAACCUGUCGGAUCCCGCUGCCGCCGCCGCUGCCCUGGCCCAAUCUCAGGCGCAGUCCCUGCUCGGCACCCUCUUCCCGCCGUCGGCUCUGCGUGCUGGCUACCCCACUCCGCCCCUGAGUCCCAUGUCCGCGGCAGCAGCGGCCGCCCGCUAUCAUCCGUACGGAAAGCCGCCGGGCUCUCUCGCCGGAGCUCCGUCGCCCUUCGGUGCCGCUGGCGCCUUCAAUCCCGCGGCGGCGGCUGCAGCGGCUGCUCUGGGUCCGUAUUAUUCGCCGUAUGCCAUGUACGGACAGCGAAUGGGAGCGGCGCACCAGUAAGGGUGGGGGGAGGAGGAGAGGCUAGUGUUGGAUACCAAAUAGCAGUAGGGUAGUGUUGCAAAAUGCUCGAAAGCGCAGAGAACAACAACAAAUUUAAAUGGAAAUUGAAAUUGAUAAAUUCAUAAAUUGAAAAAUUUAAAAUGAAAGAAAAUUUAAAAAUUACAAAAAUUAAUAAUUAAUGAUGAUAAUGAUGAUUAGUAACGCUCUCAGCGGCGUUCGCUGUACUGUGAUACUAAACUGUAGAUUUGUCGAGCGCUAGUUACAUUUAAGUUUCCAAUAACAACAACAAGUCAGAAAAAAUUAUAAUAAUAUUCAUCAAAAUAAUCACAAGUCUUAGCAACAACAACAACAACCAGAAAAUAAUUACAACAACUACAAAUAAAAAUAGCUCAGUUUUCAAUGUUUUCUUAAUUUUAAAAUAAACAUAAUUAAUUGCGUUCUCAAAGUUCAACCAAAGUUUUUUGAAAUGACUUUCAGUUCUCUCGCUAUAUAAAUACAUACAUACACUUAAAUACAUAAUGAAAAUCGUCUGUUUAUCAGGUUUUGUUUAUAUAUUAUAUGCUGAUGUUUAAGCAUUGUUUUAUUAACUCUAAUUUGCCUAGAUUUUAAUUAGUCUUAAUUAUUACAUAAAUAUAUAUAAAUCUAUAUAUAAUAUGCAUACAGAUUCAAUAAUGUUUUAAGUCAACUUAUAUGUAAAAUUAAUGCGUAUAAUUAAACUGUAAUAACAACAAUUAAGAAAACAAAACACAACAACAA